UUGACUGACAAACCGAUGUACCCAAUGGGAGCCGUCACAGAGAUAGGCGGGGCGACACGGAAGGGGGCUGACGCAGCACCGCCCAUAGGGCGGUGGCGGAGCAACGCCUCGGGGAGUGGCUCUGCGCGUUCGGGGCGUGGCUUAGGGCUGUGGGGGGCGUGGCCUGCCCGGGGGUAUUUAAACCUGGAGCAGCGGGAUUUGUUCACUCAGUCGGUGCGGCGUCGUGGAGUGCGUGCGUUUGUUGUUUGCGUUCGGUGUCGCUUUUUCUUUUUUAACACGCUUUUCUUCGGCGCGCGCGUGUACGCGGAAGGGGCGCGUCCCGGCUGGGCUCGGCGGCUCUCGGAGCCCGUUUUUUAUCCUUUCUCCUCCGCCCCGUGCGCGUCCACUGAGGGAUUUCUUCACGUCCCGCGCCCGGGGGGCUGUCCCCUUCCCUACCCCUCUCGGCCGGGAGCUCGCGGCGCUUCCCUCUGGAUGCGUCCCCGCAGCCCCAGGCGGGAGGCGGCCGGGGGGAAGCGCUGCCUCCAAGGAUUUACCGCCGCCCGGCACUCAGCCCCGCGCCUUCUCCUCCCCUGCGGGCGCUCCGUUGCCGCCCCGGACCGCUAUCGCCGUUAUGGACGAGAGAUACCUGCCCGAGCUGAUGGCGGAGAAGGACUCGCUGGACCCGUCCUUCACGCACACCCUGCGGCUGGUCAACCAAGAAAUUGAAAAAUACCAGAAAGGAGAAGGAAAGGAGGAAGAAAAAUAUAUUGAUGUGGUCAUCAAUAAAAAUAUGAAAUUGGGGCAGAAAGUUUUGAUUCCAGUAAAGCAAUUUCCUA